GAAAGUGUACUUGACUUUCAGACUUUGAGAAGCUGGUAUUCCCAGCUCAAGUUCAUAAAUUUUGUUGAAUUAAUUAAACUAAAUAGUUUUACUGCAAUUGAAUUUUAAUUCAUUUGCAAUCAAUUGCUGCUGCUUUGAAUUUUAUUGUACUCUCUUCCUUAGUGGGCCAUGCAAACUGCUGUUCUGAAUAAUGAUUUUUAUUUUAUUUUUUAAAAAAAAUAUUUUAAAGAUUUCUUGAUUUACAAAAUUAUGUGCAAUGUCUUUUUUCAGGUUACAUUUUCUACAGAUCAGUUUCAUUUGUUGAGACAUUAGUGUUACAUUAGGAGGAAAAGAGGGAAAGAGGUGGAGAGCUGAAUAAUGCUUUUUAUAGGGGAAGGGGCACUGGGGAUGAGUUUAUGGAACGAAGGGGGUGUGUGGCUUUAAAAGUUUGGGAACAUCUGCAUUAGCACAAUCUGUAUCUCCACACAUUGCAGGGAGGGAUAUAUAAUGAAAGAAGAAAAAUAAAAAUAAGUGUCAUAUUUGAGGGUGCAGGUUCUAGUGUUGAGGAUACCAGGGCUAUUUCCCACCCCCCUUGCAUGUUACCCAGAGCUGUGCAUUGAAAUCUCGUGAGCUGAGGUUAGAUGUUAGCAGACAACAGCCUUGUCCUUUUGCUGCCGUUUCCCCGCCACCUUCCUUUUCAGCUUCUGGUUUUUGGAUGAGGUAGUUUUGUUGUUGGAAGCCCUGUAAGCCUGACUUGCCGUAAAAUGGCCUCACGUCCACCCACCCGUCGCCCCCUCCCCUCUCUCAUUCCCUUUGACCUUUGAGGUUGAUAUUAUUCUUCCUUCCACACUUCUCCUGGUUGCGCUUCAUGGCUUGCAGGAUGUUCUCGGCACAUCUCAAGAAGCGGAAGUGCUGAGCUCAUGGAAACAGAUCUGAGCUUGCAGAGAGGAGAAACACGCUCUCCUUUGUGAGGGGGGGGGAGGGAGUGAACGAGCGCAGAUGCUAUGCUUUGUGAACUACAGUGGCCUCUGCUGCUUCACAGGUAAGUGAACAUUGUGCCUGUGCUAUAAUUAGACUGACCAGUUUGUGCAAAAACUGAAACCGGCAACUGUAUUUCUCCCUCUCUCUCCCUCUCUCUCUCUCGAUUUUGGAAAGGAAACUAGGUCAUUUCUGAAAAUGGGCAGCCUGAGCAGUGCAACAGAGGUAUGCACUGGGUUUCUGAACCGUGUCAUGUGCUAAUUAAUGACUUGGGCCAAAGUCAGAAAGCAACUAGCCGGUUGCCCUUCACUGGAGUUUUGCAUGCAGAUGAUGCUUUCAGAUCCUUAUUGCUGCUCUUAGUAGCAACUGCUGGGUUUAGUCCGGAGAAGGAACCAAACAUGAUGUGGGAGAACUCUGCUGGGAUCCACACAGUGCUGUGUUUGAAAGCAGAAGGAAAACUUUAAGAUGGGUUUGGGGGCGCCUACCUUUAGGAAGCUUGAGGAUACCACAAUGUGCUCUCUGGUACCUACGCAGUGCGGCUCGCAGUCCAGCCGCAGCAUGUUCCCGUAGUGCCAGCAUCUUGUCGCAAGGUGGAGUGGUCCAGCAGGAGUGUGGCUGACCCAUUGGCAGGCGGGCGAUGGACACCCACAUGGACUUGUUGACAGAGCUGCAGCUACUGGAUAAGGUACCUACCCUCGAGCGGCUACGGACAGCUCAGAAACGCCGCGCUCAGCAGCUGAAGAAGUGGGCGCAAUACGAGAAGGAGAUGCAGCACAAGAGGAGGAAGCAUGAGAAGAAGAGGAACGUUGCCAGCCGCAAGAAGGUGUCUUUUGAGGCCAGCGUUGCGCUGCUGGAGGCUUCGCUAAGGAACGAUGUUGAGGAAGUCUGUUAUUUAUUGAACAACAACUUCAGCCCAGACCUGUGCAAUGAAGAUGGAUUAACUGCACUGCAUCAGAUGGCUGCUGGGUUUUUCGGAUACCAUCUGGAUGCCUAUUUUCUAGGCACUAAGGAGUGCUGCAUAGACAACUAUGAAGAGGUUGUUAAGCUUCUUCUGAACCAUGGUGCCAAUGUCAACGCAAAGGACAACGAGCUGUGGACUCCUCUGCAUGCGGCAGCAACAUGUGGACACAUCAACCUGGUGAAGAUCCUGAUUCAGCAUGGGGCAGACCUGCUAGCGGUGAAUGCAGAUGGGAACAUGCCAUAUGACCUGUGUGAAGAUGAACCAACUCUAGACGUCAUUGAGACCUGCAUGGCAUACCAGGGAAUAACACAGGAGAAAAUCAAUGAGACGCGAGCUGCGCCAGAACAGGCAAUGGUUGACGAUAUUACAGAGAUGAUAGCAACAGGGCAGGAUCUGAACAGGACCGAUGCACAAGGUGCUACGCUGUUGCAUAUAGCUGCAGCGAAUGGCUACCUGCACGCAGCAGAGAUUCUUCUGGACCAUGGAGCAAGGCUGGACCUCAAGGACUGGGAUGGCUGGGAGCCCCUCCAUGCAGCUGCCUUCUGGGGACAUAUGCAUAUGGCAGAGCUGUUGGUGUCUCACGGCGCAAGCUUGAGCGCCCGAACCACCAUGGAUGAGAUGCCAAUAGAUCUCUGUGAAGAAGAAGAGUUUAAGGUUCUGCUCUUGGAGCUGAAGCAUAAGCAUGAUGUCAUUAUGAAGUCUCAGAUGAGGCACAAGUCCUCCUUGAGCAGAAGAACCUCCAGCACUGGAAGUAGAGGGAAAGUGGUACGGAGGGCAAGCCUUUCUGACCGAACCAACCUUUACAGAAAGGAGUACGAGAAGGAGGCCAUCAUCUGGCAGCAAAUAGAAUCUUCAGAAGAGCAGAGGACUUCCGGCUACAAUGGUGACAUCAGGGAGUCUUGCUCCAACCAAGAGAACACAGAUCCAAACUCUCCAGCAGAUUCACCCACAGUCCUUCCGGAGCUGGUAACCAAGAGCACGCAAUGUAACUCAGAAACUCUCCUCCAGAACGGGCUCAACUUAUCCUCUGCCACUUACCAAUACUCUAUCCCUAAUGGAGAUGUUUGGAAAAUGCAUUCUGCCCUGGACAAUGAGGCAGGCCAAGCCCUGCCCUAUGAAACCCCCGGAGUCCCCGACUCUCAUCAGAUCUGGGGGGGCUACAAAGAAAGGAGCCACCAAACCCUCGCGGAGCUGAAACGGCAGCGGGCAGCAGCGAAGCUUCUCAACCACCCCUUCAUCAGCACACACUUUGGGAGCAACGGGGGCAGCGCAGCUGAGAACGGGGGAGAAGCGAAAGAGCACCUCAUUAGCUCCAGGACUCCUUCCUAUACGUCCAAUGGGACUUCAGUUUAUUACACAGUGUCGAGCGGUGACCCACCUCUCUUAAAAUUCAAAGCUCCCAUGGAAGAAAUGGAGGAGAAGGUGCACGGCUGCUGCAGGAUUUCCUGAUCCGAUUUCAUUGCUAACCAGCGGAGAUGCUAAGCUGGGUGGCCAUGUUGCGUCCUCUGCUGAACGGGAGAAUCUGGAUCAGUCAUCUCAGGCCAGGCUGUACCAGGCUUACUCAUUUUUAGUACCUUACUUUGCUUUUGCAAUUCCAUUAAAAAAUCAAGCAAGUGUAGGUGGCAGAGAAAAAUCCAGGACAGCUCCUUAUUGCAUACUCUUGUCCACACGAUUAUAUAUAUAUAUAUAUAUAUAAUUACAUCCAUGUGAUUGCAAACCCCAUCUCUCUUUCUGACCUUCUUGGGCCACCGUGCUCCUGAAAAAUGGCACUUUGGGAACAGACCCUCUCAACACAUCCUUGGUGCACCCAUUACCAAAGGUAUGCGAUCCAAACCCGAGCACUUUUACAAGCAGCGUAGGUGGACUGUUGAAGAACUCACUUUGCCUACACAAAUGUGAGGUUUUUGCACACAGAAGACAUAUGCACUUUACUCCAGCAACCAGUCUGAAAAUUUAGACUGUUCUGUGACAACACAGUUGGGGACACUGAGCCAUCCUGUUGCCAAUUUUUUGAGCCACCAUUCCCUGCUGUGCUCUUUGUACAAAAACAGAGCGUUGGAUAGGUCUUCUCUGCAAGCGGCAACUCUAUUACAAUUGGGUGGGAUAUCCUGAGCUCCUUAGAGGAGUGAAACAGCUAAAAGGGAUUAAUGGUUCACACAUAACCUCCAUUGCAGUCUUUUCACUUCGCACUUGGGCAUAAUGUGACACACAGCUGGCAAAUUCAACUUUAAGUUCAUCAUAUUUCAUCACAGAGCAGCUGUGUUUGGAUUUCCCCCCACAAACCACUGUUGGGGAAAGAGUGGGGUGGAUGGGAUCUUCUUCCAUUUGUCUAAACAUUAUUUCUUGUCACUUGGACUGUUGUAAUUGUAUUUUUGGUUAGCCCAUGCUUACUAUGCCUAAGGGAGUAUUUGAAAUGGCUCUUGAACAUUAAAGUUGGUGGCCUGUUUUGUUUUGGCAAACUCUCCCUGCUCUGCUGUGAUUCUCAUAACAUCCUCUGAUAUUUACAAUUUCUGGCUUUUCUCAGCUAUUCCUCCUACCAGGGUUACUAAAUAAGGUUUGGAAACACUCAGCUGUUUAAAAAUAUAGGUAGUACUAUACAUUGGAGAAGAUGCAGGGCCAUCAAUGAAAAUUGCUGCGUUGAGUUCUCCUCUACCAUAACAUGCAGCAGUAACAUUUAUCCCAUGUUGUGGUGUCAUGACAUUGUGCAAGAAAUAGCAGGUCUCAUGGAAAGCCAGCCUCAUAUCAUCUGUCUCGUGUAAUUCUGCUCGCAUGGGAAGCUCUUGACAGUGAACAAAAGCCAUCACAUAGCAAUAAGAAUAAUAACCAAGGGCUGGAAGCAAAUCCUGCGGCCAAAAAGAAGUCUUUGCUUUUACUUCAUGUUUUUGCUUGCCUAUAACAACGCUGCUCAUUGAAGGUCUUCAGAAUGAGUAGCCUCUCCUUUUGCCACACCAUUGUGCAAGAUGUGGCAUUCAUCUUAAAUCCCCCAAACAGCAGUUUUAUUGACUUCUGAAAGGCUGCUUAGUUUUGCAUGUGCUGUGCAGUCUCAUCUCUUAUAGACUUAGAAUUCUUUCUCUGACAGCUCAAAGACCAUGUCACUGCGGCAUCCAUUUUGAGAGCGAGGCCUAGCUUUUCCUUUAGGGCAAAAACAAUAUACAAUGCACAGCAUAGCUAUCUAAGAUGGCUGACUUGCCAUCUCAACUUCUGCAGAAUACAUUGCUGCUGCAGUGACAUUUAAAGCAGCUGUAGGCCAUGUGCAGUUCCCAAUCUCCAAGUGGGUGAAUCUCUCAAGGGGGCUCAGUAUAUACCUUGAGUUGGGUUUCCUUGGGAUGUUGGUCACUGGAGGUUGGUGGUGGUGUCUUUGUGAUACAUUGCUUUAUAACACACAUACAGGUUGAGCAUAAGAUAAAAGGGCUCACAUCAUUAACACUCCAACAGAACUUGAUUUCCUAAUAGUUUAUUUUGGGGGCGGACUUUUUUUGGUGGUUAUGGGUCAUCACAGUCAUUGCUUUGGUUUCUCAUUGAGUGAAAUCAGGCCUUUGUAUGUUCAUUGUCCUCAGUGACAAAGUUAGACCAGCUCCCUUCUUUCCUCCUUGCUCCCAGCCAGAGGAAGUGACAUGUGAGAGCUGAGCCCCGAUUCCCGAAUGGCUCUUCCCUUCCAGAAUCACUGAUCCAUUGAGACAUCUCUUUAACCAAGUCGGGUCCUUGACCAUUCUGCCAGGGCCAUCAAGAGAAUCUUAAAACAAUUCUGUUUGUCACAUCUACUUUUCUUCUUACCCAACUCCACAAAGAACCACGAGGCUGUGAGGAAUCCCAGCAUCUUGGCUAGCCAUCACCAACCUAGAACGUGGCAAUAUAUGGACCAAGUAUAAACAGUGGAGGGAAAACAACUAUAGCCACUUUCUGCUCUAGUAUGGGCAGGAUUCAACCAAUGAGUCACAGCAGCGGAAGCCCACAGAAAGACCACCACUUGUGUAACAGGGCUUCCCCCACUUCCCUCCACUGUGCCACCUGAAAGUGGCUUGGAGGGUUGUGAGAACCUGCACAACACAUGGAGGAGAUCACUCCAGCUAGCAAGCUGAAAUGCUUGCCCUGAUGGAAUUAUCUAUCAUAGUGCAACAUUAAAUCCCUCCAUAUAUGUCUUGGGUCUAGGCCACAUACCUGCCUAAAUGUGAUGUGUAAAUAAGUGUCAGAGUAUGACAGCAAUAACGGUUUUUUUUAAAGUGAUUUUGUUUCUGGAGCUAGAGCUGAGAAAACUAGGAAAAUAAUUGAAGAUUGUACGCACAACGGAGUAAACUUUUACUUGCAAAAACUCAGCUCAGUUAAUCAGGUUGUGCUUAGUCCA